CCUGCUCACGUCGAUGUCCUCACAGUACGACGUCCUUAUUGUCGGUGCCGGCAUUGCUGGCUCUGCUCUUGCCCACGCACUUUCACAGUCUUCAGCUCGGCCACGCCGUAUUGCACUCCUUGAGCGGAGCUUUGCUGAGCCUGACCGUAUAGUCGGCGAGCUGCUCCAACCUGCUGGCGUCGCCUUCCUCAACAAGCUUGGCUUACAGGGUGCACUAGAAGGUAUAGAUGCAAUACCAGUACAUGGAUACGUGGUCGUUCAAGAUGGUCGCAUUGUCCAUAUCCCAUACCCUGAUGAACGAGAAGGACGGAGUUUCCACCAUGGACUGUUUGUGCAGGGAUUAAGGGAACAUGCAAAGCGCGCAAACGGCGUAGACGCUAUCGAAGCAACCGUAAACGAACUGGUGGAAGAGGAAGGAAGGGUCGUCGGUGUAAAGGCUACGCGUUCCAGCGGGAAGGAGCCGGAGGUUUUCCGCGCAGACCUCACAGUUAUUGCAGACGGGUGCUUCUCGAACUUCCGUAAUACCGUCCAAGGUCCAUCCGCACGCCCUUCAAAUACAAAGUCGCAUUUUUGUGGUGCAAUACUCAAGGAUGCACGGUUACCAAUAUCUCAGCACGGCACUGUUGCGCUCGUACGUGGUCACGGACCCGUUUUGCUAUACCAAAUAUCGGAACACGAUACCCGCAUGCUCGUAGAUGUCAAAAGUCCUGUUCCUUCCGACUUGAAGAAACAUAUCAUCACUGAAAUAUUGCCUUCCCUCCCUCCUCAAUUGCACGAGCCGAUCCGUGUUGCUCUUUCUGCUGACCGUGUCCGCCGCAUGCCUAACUCAUUCCUACCGCCCGCCCCUCAGACGCAUAAACGCGGUGUCAUACUGCUUGGGGACGCUUGGAACAUGCGUCAUCCACUAACAGGUGGCGGUAUGAGCGUUGCACUGUCCGACGUAUACAUACUUUCCCAGCACCUUGGUAAAGUAAACGAUCUACGGGACUGGAGCCAGAUGAAGGGCGUCCUCAACAAAUGGUGGUGGGAACGCAAAGGGCUUGCUGCAACGAUCAACAUUUUGAGCAUUGCCCUUUACGAUGUGUUCGGGGCUGAGAGCGAGUGUUUGACUGUCUUCCAAAAUGGUUGUUUCAAGUAUUUCGAAAGGGGAGGGGAAUCCAUCCGUGGCCCAGCAUCAUUGCUGAGUGGAAUUGCACCAUCAACCUCGCUCCUUGCAUACCACUUCUUCUAUGUGGUACUUUAUUCUAUAUGGGCGCUAUUUGCACAUCCCCGACCUAUACAUUCGCCUUGUAAAAAUGGCGAGUUGCAUAUGAAUGGCGCCGCCCAUGUAACUGGGAAUGAUGAAGUCCUCAGUGAAGAAAAACAUGUGGACGUGCGUGUCAUGCAGAUGCCUACAGUACUGGAUUACCCUCGACUAUUCUGGCUGAGCUGUAGAGUCUUGUGGACUGCAUGCGUAUUGUUUGGACCCCUACUGUGGACAGAGAUUCGUUGGUGGUGAGCUUGUCAGGUAGUGUAGAACAAUUCGGGACAGUUGUGAUAAUCCGGAGUUAUCGUAUAUGUUUGUGAUGCCUAAUCGUGUGGAGGUACAGUUCUGAAUACCACUCCCAUGUGUUUACGACCACCUUGAUCUCCUGCAUUAUUUUAGAUCUGUGGUCAUAGUCCGUUGGGGCGUUGCCCUAUAGUAGACAACUAUCUCCUACAUAAGUAUCUGUUGUUUACUAUAUCGGCUACAAGUGCUUGCCGUCGCGCGGCUCGUCUUGGAUCAAUAAAUCUAGUUUUAGCUUUCAAAUAACACUAUCAAACGACCAUAGGCUAAUAUGCAGUGAAACCGAAUAGCUUGUUGCAUGAAAG